UUUCCUCUCUCGAGGACUUCGUGAUCAGUCAGCCCACGUCAGGACCCCCUCCCCUCCCUCUGGAACCGGACUCUCUGGAUCUGUUGUGACCCGGUUGUGUGUCGGUGCUGCCGGAUCCCGGUGUGACAGCAGCAGCAGCAGCAGCAGCAGCAGGAUCCCGGCUGAGCCCCCCCGCCGCCGCCGCCGCCGCCGCCUUGUGCAACACAUCUUCUUAUUCUGCGGUAAAGAUGGCGGCGUCAGAGGGGGCGCGUAGCAGCCGGACGACCAACGGCUAAACGGUUUCUGACAAAAAGCUCCACAUUUUAACCGAAUCUCUCUCCGUCCGGUGCCGUUAAUACCUGCUCGGAUACCAUCUGGAUCACCAGGAAUAAAGACAAUCCCUGUCACGCGCCUGGGUUGUGAUUUUAUUGUUAGAAGGCAGAGAGAGAGAGAGAAGAGGAGGAGUGGGUGGGUUUCAGUUGAUAGCUGUUAGCUCCACAGGCUAGCCGAGCGAGCUAAGUGAGCUAACGGUGAAGAAGAGGAAGAGGAUUUAGAGGAAGACUACUCGGUUCCAGGCUCCAGCUUCUUUUUGGGGGGAAUGUGAACCAAGAGGUGCUCAAGAGGAGGGGGGUUUGUGCUCACUUCGGUCCCAAAAGCGUACCGGGAGAUGGGACAGCAGGUAGGCCGCGUCGGUGAGAGCACAUCGACCGGACUGCAGCAGCAGCAGCAGCCACCGCAGCCUCACCACGCGUCCACACCGCACCAAGGGAAGGGGAACCGGGACCGGGGGAGCGGCGGCGGGAGGAGACCCAGAGAACCGGGAAGCAGCAGCGGCGGCACCACCGGGACACCGCCGGGCAGGACCGCUGCAGUCAACGUGGUGCCAGACCCAGGGAUCAAUAUCUUCACACAGCAUUCAGCUCUCCAUCGGCCGUUCGGCCUGGACUCCGCAGCGCUGACGGAGGCGGUGCGCUGGAGCUCCAAGGAGAACCUGCUGGGGGCGGCCGAGAGCGACCCCAACCUCUUCGUUGCACUUUAUGACUUUGUCGCCAGCGGAGACAACACGCUCAGCAUCACUAAAGGUGAGAAGCUGCGUGUGCUGGGCUACAACCAGAAUGGGGAGUGGAGCGAGGUGCGCUCUAAGAACGGCCAGGGUUGGGUGCCCUCCAACUACAUCACGCCAGUAAACAGUCUGGAGAAGCAUAGCUGGUACCAUGGGCCCGUGUCACGCAGCGCCGCAGAGUACCUGCUCUCGUCCCUCAUCAACGGCAGUUUCCUGGUCCGGGAAAGCGAGAGCAGCCCCGGACAGCUGUCCAUUUCUCUCCGCUAUGAGGGGAGAGUCUACCACUACCGGAUCAACACAUCCUCUGAUGGAAAGGUGUAUGUGACGUCCGAGAGCCGCUUCGCCACCCUGGCCGAGCUCGUCCACCAUCACUCCACUGUAGCCGAUGGCCUGGUCACCACCCUGCACUACCCAGCACCCAAAUGCAACAAGCCCACAGUGUACGGUGUGUCGCCCAUCCACGACAAGUGGGAGAUGGAGCGCACAGACAUCACCAUGAAGCACAAGCUGGGAGGAGGCCAGUAUGGAGAGGUGUACGUGGGAGUGUGGAAGAAGUACAACCUCACGGUGGCUGUCAAGACACUCAAGGAGGACACCAUGGAAGUUGAAGAAUUUCUGAAAGAAGCAGGCGUUAUGAAGGAGGUUAAACACCCGAACCUCGUCCAGCUACUCGGUGUGUGUACGCUGGAGCCUCCGUUCUACAUUGUGACAGAGUACAUGCCACACGGCAACCUACUGGACUACUUGAGAGAUUGUGACAAGGAGGAGGUGAACGCUGUGGUGCUGCUGUACAUGGCCACACAGAUCUCCUCUGCCAUGGAAUAUCUGGAGAAGAAAAACUUCAUACACAGGGAUCUUGCAGCGAGGAACUGCCUAGUUGGGGAGAAUCAUGUCGUGAAGGUUGCAGACUUUGGCCUGAGCAGGUUGAUGACUGGUGACACCUACACGGCCCACGCUGGAGCCAAGUUCCCCAUCAAAUGGACUGCACCAGAGAGCCUCGCAUACAACACCUUCUCCAUCAAGUCUGAUGUCUGGGCAUUCGGGGUGCUGCUGUGGGAAAUUGCCACCUAUGGCAUGUCUCCGUACCCUGGCAUCGAUCUGUCUCAGGUCUAUGACCUCCUGGAGAAAGGUUACCGCAUGGAGCAGCCCGAGGGAUGCCCACCCAAGGUCUAUGAACUCAUGAGAGCAUGCUGGCAGUGGAGCCCGUUGGACCGGCCUUCAUUUGCAGAAAUCCACCAAGCCUUUGAAACGAUGUUCCAUGACUCCAGCAUCUCUGAAGAGGUAGCAGAGGAGCUCUGUAAGACGGCUUCCUCUGGUCACUGCGGACCACUUCACCCUUUCAGUCACGACAUGCCCCUGUUGCCUUCCAAAUCUCGCACACUCCACAAGCACACAGAAAACAAGGAAAACAUUGAGGGCGGACUCGACGGACGAUCCGACCAUGGCACGCACGGUCACUCAGAGAGAACCAUGCCAAGCUGGGCUUCUACCUUGUUAGGAGGGGAUGGCCGAUCGGGCAGCUCCCCGGCUCUGCCCAGAAAACAGCAGCCACGAGAUAAAUCCCCCGGCAGCCUUUUAGAGGACGCGCAGGACAUGGGCACAUUCACACGAGAUCGCAAGACUGGCUUCUUUAGCUCCUUCAUAAAGAAGAAAUCUUCCUCUUCUUCCUCCUCGCCGUCCUCUCAGCUUCAGCAGAACCUCCCGACGCCACCCAAGAGGAGCAGCUCUUUCCGGGAGAUGGAAACGCAGCCUCACAAGAAAUACGAGCCCACCGCUGAUUUCAGCGCUCCUCCUCCCCUGCCCCAGUCGGACGGCCUCGGCGGUUUCUCUGCCUCUCCCUCUCACUCUCAUGGAGAACCCACCCAGACUCAGUCGCGUUGCUGUGGGGCUGCGUUUGGACAGAAACCCUCUGGUGGGGGGUUUGCUUCGCAGGUGACAAGCGGCAGCAGUUGGAGCGGUUUGGCGGGGUUUUUUACCCCAAGACUCAUCAAAAAGACGCUGGGGUUACGGACAGGAAAGACAACCUCUUCAGAGGAGAGUGGGAGUAUAGUUGGGGGGCCUAAACCCUUCCCUAGGUCCAAUUCUACCUCCUCGAUGUCAUCUGGGCUACCAGACCUGGAGCGCAUGGCUCUGACUUUACCCAGGAACCGCAGUGCUAAGCCCCCUUUAGAGAGGACUGCCUCCACCACCUCCCAGCCAGAGAACGGGGCUGCUAAGCCCUCAGAGACUCUGCUGAGGAGGAUGGAUGAGGGGACGGCACAGAUCAGGGAAAGGCCCAAAGCCAAGCUAUUACCCAGGAGCGCUGCUGUAGGGGUGAGGGCACCAGGGGUUGGGGGGGAGGUUGGGGAAUCGGACAGUCUGUCUCGGGUCAGGGAGGGUAGAGAGGAGAGUGGGGGAGGACUGGACAGGCAGCAGAGUUGGCCGUCUCCCUCUAAGACUUCUAGUUCGAGUGCUUCAUCAGCUGCAGCAGGUGCACCAACUCACAACCACAAAGUUCCAGUCCUGAUCUCCCCCACGCUGAAGCACAGCCCGGCCGACGUGCACCUGGUCGGGUUAGACUCUCAGGGGAACCGCUUCAAACUGCUGUCCGAGCACCAAGCAGACCGGGACAGGCCGCGACUUGUAAAACCCAAGUGUGCUCCUCCUCCCCCUCCGACCCUGCGCAACCUGCAACACUCCUACAGCGGCGACGGCGAGGAGCAGGUAGGGGGAGCUCCUGUGGAAGUAAACGGGGACACAUUGAAAGGUCACAGGUCGGGGCGAAUGUCGGGAGGAGCGACGACGGGGAGACCGUCAGUGCCACCACCGCAAGUGCCUCCUGCAUCUUCGUCCUCCUCCUUUUCCUCACCUUGCUCCACCACCACCAACACGACGCCCACCAAAAUGGCCAACGGAGCCGCCACCACUGCCUCCUCCUCCUCCUCACACACGGCACCAUCCGCCGGCUCCAAAGUGGCACUGCGGCGAACCAGGCAGCAGGCAGAGAGGGUGCCCCUGGAGCGAGUUAGCCGCGAGGCCCUGCUGGAGUGUGCCGAGUGCCUGAGCAGCGCCCUCCACGCCAGUGCCGAAAGCCCCUCCAGCAGCCAGGUGCUGGACGCCGGCCACCAGCUGCUAGACUACUGCUCAGGUUACGUGGACUGCAUCCCUCAGAUGAGGAACAAAUUUGCCUUCAGAGAGGCGGUGGGGAAGCUGGAGCUCAGCCUGCAGGAACUGAGGGCCUCAUCCUCAGGAGGCGGCGGGCUGAGCGGCGUGGGGCCCAACACUGUACUGGACAACCUGCACAGCUGUAUUAAAGAGAUUAGUGACGUAGUGCAGAGGUAGCCACUGUGACAACACCAACCGUCACCUACCCAACUUAUAUUCCCUUUUUUUAUGUUUCUGGUUCUUUUGACAGCUUUUUGGGGGACGAAAUGAGAAGGAUCUCUCAGUACCUCAGAGAAAUCACUACAAAAUCUAUUCUUUUUACUGUUUACAAGCAACUGUUUCAUAAAAUGCCAUUGUGGACACUAAUUUUGCUCUGACCUGUACAUAUUCAGAAAUGUUUAUACCAAACUAAAUGUGGUUUUAAGUCACACCAUGAAACGUUUUGCCCCCACGUCUCCACCGGGCCGCGAUAAAGGCUUCAUUGUCAAAUGAAUGUCGAGUGUAUCAGCUGUGUGUAGCCAGCCCAGAGAGUAGGUCACGUCACUCUGCUUAUCUGUCAGUCUGUCGCAUAAUGAGCGAGAAUGAUGGCGGCCGUGCCCAGCCUUACUGAGAAUACUAGACAACUGUUUUCACCGACUUGGCUCCAACAGUGCUUCACAAAUGAGUGAAUCAUCAGUGGGGUAUUGAGUAUUUUGCUGAGUCACCAUAAGCCAUUUUUUUAAAGCCAUUUUAUUCUAAAGGAUUGGACACAACAUAAGUAUUCAAUAUGAUUCAAGGUUUUGGGGUCUCAAUUUCACACUUUUAUUCUGUGUGCAGGUGUUUUUUUCCUUUUUUCCAUUUCAUUUUCAUGACAGUAUUUUUAAGUAGAUGAACAAAUGUGAUAGAAACUAUAAAUCUCCCCAAAACUGCUUUUGUUUUUACCGGAUCAAAGCCUUGUUUUUGAGAAUAAUUAGCUCUCUUGACGCAGACAUUCCCACGUAUCCUCACAAAGCGACCGUUGAGAAAGACUGAAGGGAUCAAAGUUGUGUGCAUUUGACAAGCGUGUAAAUAAGCUCAAAUGAAACGUUAGGUGUACGUUUCAGUAUUACCAAAUACAGGCUUAUCAAAUCUAAAAAAAAAAAAAAAAAGAUUUAUAUGAAUCUAUUUUGUUUAUUCCCCACAAUUCUUAAACACGAUGAAUGAACGUGGGGGUGUCUUAUCAUAUGCACAGCAUUUGUCUUCGCUUCAGUGACGCGACUCACACCUUAACACAGUGCCACAUAAAUGGGGGGGAAAAACCCCCAGUCUCCUAAAGCAUUUCAGUAUUUAUGUCCUUGCACACUACAUUUCUUCCUUGUAUGACAGAGCAUAAAAGAGCGGAGGGAGAGCACAGGGUAGCGCAUGAGCAGGUGAACUGGGACAGUAUUUCUAUAAGUGUCCUUCCGAGUAUGGACAGUGCUGGAUUCCCUGUAGCCUUGUCGUGUCCUCAGUGCCUCAAAUUCUUCCAAGUAUGAACACUGCGACAUGCAGAGACCUACUUCACACACUAAUCACACAGUACUGAUCUCUCAACAAACAAACUGCAGUAUGUCUUCAGCACAUGAGCGAUUUGUACAUUAUUUGGUUCAAAGAAAAAAAAAUGCUUUUUAGAAUGUCUAUGUAUGAACUUGAAUUUUAAAUUAUUCCUGUUUUUGUUUUCUUUUAUUAAAAGCACAGACCUAUUUUGAGAGAAAAAGUUAUGUAAAUAUUUGAUUUAUUUCAUAUCCAGGAAACAAAAGAUUUAUGUGUGGUUACGGCAUAAAGAGCAAUGUUUUUGACUGAA